AGUAAAAAGGGUGAUGGACAAACGUGCGGGCACUAAGACCGCAGGGCAUUCAUUUCCUCCUACGGUGGCUGCGGACGCCGGGAGGAGGAGAGCCUGGGAGCGAGGAGAGAACACGUAGCGACUCCGAAGAUCAGCCCCGAUGAACAUGUCAGUGUUGACUUUACAAGAAUAUGAAUUCGAAAAGCAGUUCAACGAGAAUGAAGCCAUCCAAUGGAUGCAGGAAAACUGGAAGAAAUCUUUCCUGUUCUCCGCCCUGUACGCUGCCUUCAUCUUUGGUGGUCGGCACCUAAUGAACAAGCGGGCCAAGUUUGAGCUGAGGACGCCGUUAGUGCUCUGGUCUCUGACCCUUGCUGUCUUCAGUAUAUUCGGUGCUCUUCGAACUGGUGCUUAUAUGGUGUACAUUUUGAUGACCAAAGGCCUGAAGCAGUCAGUUUGUGACCAGAGUUUUUACAAUGGACCUAUCAGCAAGUUCUGGGCUUAUGCCUUUGUGCUAAGCAAAGCACCCGAACUAGGAGAUACAAUAUUCAUUAUUCUGAGGAAGCAGAAGCUGAUCUUCCUGCACUGGUACCACCACAUCACUGUGCUCCUGUACUCCUGGUACUCCUACAAGGACAUGGUUGCCGGGGGUGGUUGGUUCAUGACCAUGAACUUCAGCGUGCACGCCUUGAUGUACUCUUACUAUGCCCUGCGAGCGGCUGGUUUCCGAGUCUCUCGGAAGUUUGCCAUGUUCAUCACCUUGUCCCAGAUCACGCAGAUGCUGGUAGGCUGUGUCAUUAACUACCUGGUCUACUACUGGAUGCAGCAUGACCAGUGUUACUCUCACUUUCAGAACAUCUUCUGGUCCUCACUCAUGUACCUCAGCUACCUUGUGCUCUUCUGCCACUUCUUCUUUGAGGCCUACAUGGGCAAGAUGAGGAAAAUCAGGAAGACUGAAUAGUGUGGGGACUGAGGGGGAAGCCAUAGCUCAGGGUCAUCAAGAAAAAUAAUAGACAAGAGAAAAUGGCACAAGGACUCACAUAUGGUGCAGCUAAAACACAACACAACACAUGAGCAAACACAAAGCCCAAGGCAGCAUAGGAAUGAUCAGGUUGACUUAACCCAGUAAGUUUAUGAUCCUUUUUGGGUGAGGACUCACUGAGGGCACCUCAAUCUCAAAGGAUUGCUGCUGGAAGACCCCAUGCCCUCUUUAUCUGUCGACCCUCAGACAAAUGAGAACAAAAGUGAGCCAGAGGCAGGAAGAGAAACAGGAGACAAACAAAAGCUAUUAACACUAUUUGAAAAAAAUGUAUUUACUAAGUGUUACAUUUCUCUAAGGACGAAAGAAGUUUACUUUAAAAACUGUGCGAGCACAUAUGCAUACAAUCCUUUCUAACCUUUUUCCGACACUAAACUGGAGCCAACAUAAUAGAUAAAAAUGGACGAAACACAGGGUGUGUAUCUAGAACAAGGAUGCUUUUGCAAAAAUUAAAGCCUUUUUUAAGAACGGCUAGUAGUCGUAGCCCCCAUGAGAAAAGAUGCCUUAAUCUCUAAGAUUAAGAAAACAGGUGUAAACAACUCUAUUUCAACUAAGAGAAAGACUAGUGUUUUUCUCUUCACAGCACAGCCUUGGGCUAAUGAGGUUGCCAAAACCAGACGGGCACAAUAUUUUUCCAAGGUUCUUCCUGGGAGGAUGGAAAUAAUGCAGCCCACUUCCUCCAGGGGCAGCUCCAGCUCAGAGCAUUUCUGAGAGUUUAGCUGUGAUUUCUACACUUAAAUGAGAUACGAAGCAUUAUCCUUGGUUCCGUUGCCCUAGGCUUUUGGGCAGAAGAGUAAAUACAGAAUAGAAAAGAUGAAACUCAGCCAAAUGACUUGAAAUUGGGCUCUGAACUACCUGUAAAAAGGUUCAGCCCAAGACCAUUCUUGAGCUGGGAAAGGGAAAACAGACAGCGGGAAGAGAAGUCAGCGGAAAAUCAAGGCAAUGGACAGACAAUGUGUAUGCCCCUCCUACCGGACUUCACACAUUCUCAUAACUUUCCAAAUGAAACCCUGUGGUACAGUCCAUAUUUUCUAUAUUUUUGUGAAUUUCAAAAAGAAAUCUGCAGGGCCUUUCCUGAUAAUGGGUGAACACUGUGCUUCUGCAUCCUCUGCAUUUGCUCCCUAAGCAGUGCAGGGGGUAUAAAGUGCCCUCUGCUGGUCAAGUGGAGAUGCUUCAACAAACACUCAUGCAAGUUUGGCUGGAACAGUUGACAACAACAGGCCCCUUCUAGGCUUAUCCUUCAAAUUUUAAAUGGUAUAAAAUACUCGUAUUUUUGGCCAAAUCAGGAGAUGUUCUUCCUGCUUCAAAUGACUUCAGAAAUUUUUUAAAAGGGACUUUCGCUCUGGAACUCAGAAAAAUCAACAUAUUAAGAGCCAUAUUCUUUAAAGAAAUAAAAAGAAAGCUAGAUAAUAUAAUAUUACCUGUAAUAUUUCAGUCCUUUACAAGCCAAAUAAAUGUGUAAACAUUCCUAGUAUUUCAAAGAAGCAGUUACAUAAAGUUGUUCAAUGUGAUAUAAUAGUAUUCUAAUUGGUUACGUAGCUUAAUGAUUAGACAAGCUAGACGAUAAGCUUAGGGCCUACCACCUACAUAGAUUCUAUACGCAGAACCACACACGUAUGCACACCGAUGUGGGGGAUCCACACACGUAUGCACACCCACGUGGGGUGAACCCAACUUCAAAGCCCAAGUGGAUAGAAACCCAUUUUCUGGCUAGCAGAAAAAGAAACUGUUGUUUAUCUUUCUUGCUUUAUUUGAGAGUGUACAGUAAAAAGGGAUUUUUCAAAUUAUUUUUAUAUUAUUUUAGCUUUAAUUGUGCUGUCAUUCAUGAAACAGAGCCGCUCUGCUUCUCUGUCAGAGAUGACAAGGGCUUUCUCAGCAUCUCGUCUAUGUGUGGAAUUUAAAAGAAUAAAGUUUUAUUCCAUUCUGUGUGAAUGGUUUGAACAAUGAACAAAGAAUCCAUGCAGACCAAGUCAUGACUGAUAGCCUGGCUGGGGGUGGGGAGGGAGCCGCUACAUCUGUGUUAAAUUAUUGUGAACAGUCUAUGAUGUCGUGACGUAGGUUCAUAGAUGAGGAACAAUUGAUGGAGGAAUGUAUUAUUAUUAAUAUUUUUAUUGUUAUUAUUAUUAUGGCAAAACUGACAUGAGCUGAAAAAGUGGGUCCUGCUAUGACAACUAGUAGAUCUGAGGAUGCAAAUGAUGUUACUUUGAGCUUUGAAAAUACAUGAUGCUGUGCAAUAAGCUUUUUUUUUUUUCCUAUAGGAGAAAACGAGCAGAAUGAUUAAAAUAAGGAAAAGGCCAAAUAGGAGCUGACUUGAGUUUAAUUGAAGGACCACUCAGAGCUCCUCUGGUUGAUUUAAUUUAAUUAUUUAAUCCAUUGAUUUGUCAUUGAUCCUUUAAUGCAGGUUAGAGUGAGGGAAGGGGCCUGGACUUUAAGUAGACUCGAAAUGAUGCUUCCAAAGCACUUUCAUCUUGAUGCAGGUUCAUACUUGUGUGCACUUGUGAGAUAAUUUAGAAUUUUUGUUUACAGGUUGAAUGUUUAAUAAACGGUUUUUAAAUUAGCUAAAUAUAUCGAAGGGCAUUUCCAAUGUUUAUCACUUGAGGAAAAAACCACACAUAGAAAAAACCAAAAUUCUGAUAUUCCAGGUUCAGUACACUGUUUUCAAUGUCUCAGCUUCACUGCUUAAUUAUAUCAAAAUAUGAGGCCGGACCACUAGCCCACGGCAAAUCCGACAGCUACCGGAGACCUGGCUAGCACGCAGAUAAUCCUGCUGUCAGUUAACAUUCCAGAAAAACUUGGGCAGGCAAGUUUUUAUAGCUGCCCCACUAUGAUGCAGUAGAUUAUUUUUCUAUUGAAGAUUUUCCCACUGCAUUCCAAUUUGAGUAUGGUGAAAACAUUCCUGGAUUGGGGUAAAAAAAAACCCAAAUCCUUCAUUUCACAUUUAAGUACAUGCAAUCCGAUACGCUAGGUCUGAGCAUCAACCCAAGUCUAUGAGUUUGCAAUGAAAUCAUUCUAGUGAGAAAUGCUGUAUUCACAGAGCAGGAGAUUUUAUCUGAACAUUCUAGUUUUGCUAAUGAGAAAAGAGCAACUACUAUAGUUCAUGUAAUGCCAGGCCAAAGAACCAACUUAAAAUCAUGUAUUGAGAUUAUUCCAGGUCAUUUACUCCCAUCCUUCCACUAGAAAAGUUGGGGAGGGAGGGAGACAAUACAUACCUAUAUGUUGCUUAAGGGGAAAUAAAGGAUUGAUCUCGUCCCCCUCACUUCUUCACCUCCCUCCUAAUCUAGCUCUAGACUGAGCCAGAAACUUCAUUUGAGUGGGGUUUUUGUAAAAUUGAAUGGAAGAACACUUGUAAGAAAGAGACUCACAGAGUUUUUUUAAAAAAAUCAGAUGUGUUAUCCUCAUGAUCAGAUAAAACCUGUCACAUCAGAGUUACAAAUCACCUGGAGUCAAUUACACUGGAGUAGAAUGAGUAGAAUGUUCCAGAAGUCUGGCCUCAUUCCCAAACUGCUGAGUCACCUGGGAGAGAACAUGCUCAGGUUACUAUCUCUUCUUUAUUCUGAUAGAACAGCCUCUCCUGAGAGACUGCAUGUGUCACACAACUAAAAGUCAGCUGCAGCACCUUCUGAGGGCUUUUUUCUAGUUUGGUUAAUGAUUCUUUCCCACACUUGUUGGAUUGGCCAUGAGCUGAUUCAAGAGAGCCGUUAGGAGAGUGGAGGAAACUUGCCUCCCAGAGUUCAGAGCGUUGGCUUGCAUGUGCAUGGUCCAUGUCUGUCUCUUUUAGACACUUACUUCCUUGAAAAAGUUUCCCUCCUGAAAAGUGCAGUUAUGUGACAAUUUCAUGACAAAAGCCCAGAACUUUCCAGUAGUCCAGUCUUUUUGUUUUGGUUAAUAAAUAUUUUGCUAUCAA